AUGUUAAUUGACCCGAAUCAGCCACCUGGUGGUGAAACUGGUAACUACCUACUCGCAUUUGGAAAGCAGUUUAGAAUAAUCCUUGUUGCAGCUGUGGUGUUCCUGGUGUUGUCAAUAUGGAACGGAAUGUUUAGAUAUGUACUAAGUAGUCCACUACAGAACUGGCAGCGUGCAAAUGAAGAACUGUUCGUUACACGAGACGAUUGGGAUGUUCCGCACAACUUCACAAAGCAAAUGCUCAAUGCGACAUCGAUUACUGAAACAUUGGAAAUUCUUAGCAAUUAUCUUGAAAACAAACAGGUAUGGUGCCCCGAGAAAAGAAGGUUUGGACACAGAAAAGAUGGUGGAAAAGAUAUAUGCGUGGCACGUCCAUUUAACCUCGUUCAUAGGCAGUGUACAGUUUAUUCAUUUGGGAUCGGGAGAGAUUUCAGUUUUGAUGACGAGAUUGCAGAAACGUGUGAAGUUUUUUCAUAUGAUCCAACGAUAGGGUUAGAAGACCACAAACGAGGACAACAUGUGCAUUUUUUCAACACUGGUAUCAAAGGCGAAAAAAGUAGAUUGUCCGACAAAUACAGAACGAAGACCGUUCUGGAGAUCUUUCGAGAAAACAAGCAUUUACACACUACAAUUGACGUGUUUAAAAUAGAUGUCGAAGGAAGCGAAUGGGAAGUAAUAAAGGAUAUGCACAAGUCAGGAGUCCUGUCUCGGAUCAAACAAAUAUCAAUGGAGGUGCACAUUGGAAAGACAAAUAAUUAUAAAGAGCGUUAUCAAAUACUACAAUUGUUAGAGAAAGCAGGAUUUAAGUUAUUCCAAUCCGAGCCAAAUCUUCACUGUAAAGUUUUGUCUAAGGCUAAUGCUAUGAAAGAGAUUCGGAGUUGUUAUGAAGUAAACUAUAUAAAUAUGAACUUUUUAAAAUAA